AUGCUGAAUAUCUCUCCCUUCACAUACGGUAUGACUGUCGCUCAGAUCUACGAUGCUGGGCAGACGUUUGACUCGAGCGUGCUGGACAUUGAGGAGGAUCAUCUACUUAGUGUAUUCCAGAGUGCAGUCAAUAACAUUGCCUGUGUCUCCUUGGCUGCCAACUUCCCCACCAUGCCCAGUGUCAUCCACUCUCUCAUCAACGCUUAUAAGAAGUGUGUUGCCAUUGGUAUUGAGACGGAGUACAGCUGGGAGUCUAUUGAGGAGCUCAAGGACCGUAUUGCCAACCCUGACGCCUAUGUCAGCACUGGUCCUGCUGUGACCGAGGCCAAGGAAGACAAACCUAAGGAGGAGGCCAAGGUCGAAGAGGAAGAAGAAGAAAGUGACGAGGGUGGAUUCGGUGACUUGUUCGGUUAA